UGGUAACAAAUACUAUCUAUCUAUCUAUCUAUCUAUCUAUCUAUCUAUCUAUCUAGUCUGACCAGCAGCUCAGCAUCGCACCCCUGUGGUCACACAGUGAAAAAACAGCUUGUGUGCUGCAGUUCCAUUAAAUGACCACAUGGGGACGAUGUUGCCUCUGAAACCAACAUUGAAAUCUGAAUUUACGGCUGUGAUAAAUGUUUCAAGCAGCGGUCCGCGGUCCCGCCGGUGUUACAGACCGGUACCGAUUCCGGUUCGGGUUCGGUGGAUGAAUCUAAAGAGCUUCAAUGUGACUGUCAGUCCGCGGCAAUGACCCGGAAGUAAACAGUCCGCCAUGUUGACUUGAUCACAGCAGAGAACCAUCCGGACGCUCCGAGGGACUCCGCGGCUCUUUGAGCUCUCUGUCGCUUUCUGACCGGAUCUCUGAGCGCCUUUCUGCCGCUUUCUGACCGGAUCUCUGAGCGGCUCCAGGUCCCGGUGCAGCCGGUACUCUGUGGUCCGGAGCCGCGGCUUCAUGCAGCGGAACAAAGACGACAUGGAGGCCGUGAAAACUUUCUCCUCUCAGGCGGAGCUGAUCAUGGAGGCGGCGGUGGAGUCCGCCGUGUUUGUCCUGCAGCGGGCCGACGGCGGGGACAGGACGGAUCAGCUGAACGCCGUAUUGGACGUGAUGUCCAGAGAAGCUGUUCGGAAGAUCUGCAGCGUCUUCAGAGAACUUUACAUGACCGUGGUGAUGGAGAACGAUGCUCUGAAGGACAAACUGAGACUACUGGACUCUGAAAAACCAAAGAUCCAGAAGAACAUAACAUCUCUGAACUCACCAUCGGCUUAUAAGAUCCAGCCUCCAGGCAGAGGUGGACCGUUGUCUCCAGAUGGACAUCAUCUCACCAUGACCAUCCUCAGCUCCAACUGUCCUCAGGUCCCCGUCGUCAUCAUCAGCCCGCCGCUCCAUGCACCAAUCACAGCCCAGAACAGCCCGCCCCCCCAGGACGUCCAGACGGAGGUGGUUCUAGAAACGACAGAUCCUGAACCGUCACCGGACGCCACCACGGCCACUGACAUCACACCACCUCCUGUGACUCAGCCAAUGGCUGAGCUUCCAGUUGCGGACACACCUGAGGAAGCAGCAGCAGCAGAAACGAAGAUGGAAACUGUGGAAGAAAAACAUGAAGAUCAGAAGGUUCCUGAGAGGCAAACAGCUCUGAGGGAGGAGCAGAAGGAGCAGGAGAGGAGGAGGAGGAGGGAGCUCUACAAAGAGAAGAGGUUCUUCUGUGAGCUCUGCAACAAAGGUUUCCACCAGAAGUACCAGCUGAUGAAGCACGCUUCCUGCCACCUGAAGCCGUUCCCCUGCAGCUCCUGUGAUAAAGGCUUCUACCGGGCGCAGACGCUGCACAAGCACCAGCUGAGCCACCAGCUGAGGGAGGCGCAGGAGAAUGACCCUGACAACCUGUUGCGCUGCGACCAAUGCGACAGGAAGUUCAGGAUGCUGCGGCAACUGCGAGCCCACCAGGCGUCUCACCGGCUGCAGAAGUCGCCGCUGAAGUGCCACGCCUGCGAGCGCACUUUCACCUCCACCAGCGCGCUCCGGUACCACGAGGUGUCGCACGCCAAAGUCAAGCCCUUCAUGUGCGACGUCUGCGGGAAGGGUUUCACCAGGAAGAAGAGCCUCCGAGAGCACCAGACCGUCCACACCGGCGCCCGGCCGUACGCCUGCCAGACCUGUGGAAAGAACUUCUCCACCGCCAGCAACCUGCGUGUCCACAAGAGGUCGCACUCAGAAGAGCGGCCCUACAAGUGCAGCGAGUGCGACAAGGCCUUCAAGUGCAAGAUGGGGCUGCUGCAGCACCGGGUGGUCCACUCUGGAGAAAAGCCCUUCAUGUGCCAGACCUGUGGACUGAGCUUUGGCCUGAAGUACAACUUCCAGAGACACCUGAGGCUCCACAACGGGGAGAAACCGUUCAGGUGUGCUAAAUGUGGGGAGGGUUUCAGCGGUACCUGGGCUCUGAAGACCCACAUGUUGGUCCACGGCGUGGAGAAGCCAUUCAUGUGCGACCUGUGUGGGAAGACCUUCUUCUACAACUGUCAGCUGCGGAAACACCUGCAGCUGGUUCACGGCGGUCCUGAUCGAGGGAAGUCCGGUGAGACGGACCGCCGCAAGUCGACGGGUAUCAAACCGUUCAGUUGUAAAACCUGCCUGAAGAGUUUCAGCAGCAGCACCACGCUGAGGACGCACGAGAAGAGCCACGCCCAGAACAAAGACUUUACCUGCGACGCCUGCGGGAAGGCCUUCCACCUGCGACACCUGUACCUGUACCACCUGAGGCAGCACAGCGGCGACCGGCCGCACGUCUGCAGCGUCUGCCAGAAAGGCUUCCUGCUGGCGUCACAGCUUAAGCAGCACGAGCUGCUGCACACCGGAGUCAAGCCUCACCGCUGCCAGCAGUGCGGCAAGCAGUUCAGGACGCCACAGAACUACCACCGCCACCUGCUGGUGCACACCGGAGAGAAGCCCUACCAAUGCGCCGUGUGCAGCCGCAACUUCAGGCAGUCCAACCAGCUCAAGUCCCACAUGCAGAUCCACACCGGCAUCAAGCUGUACUCCUGCCAGCGCUGCCUGCACGGAUUCUCUGACUCCCGGCAGCUCAAGAAGCACCGCUGUGGAGACGACGCUCACAGCUCGCUGGAGUCCGGCGGAAAACGCAAGAAACACAGAGACGUGUUCCCCUGGACAGACGACUUCACCCAGCAGUAACACCUGGGAUAGGAACAAUAUUUGUUUUGUUUUAUGUGUUUUUUAUUUAUUUAUUCACUGCAUUUUUAUUUUUGCUUCUCCUUUAAAGCCAGUUUAGCAUUUUAAACGUGUAAACUGAUAGAAACUGAACCCGUCUCAGCUCUUUGUCUUCUGUUGGAAUCCGAAGCUUGAUGUGUUUGUCUGUAAACUACUGAACAUUUUCAGAUGAAACUUUAUUUUUCUGAGAACCAGCAGCUGGAAUCCUGUGAAAACUGCCUCCAAAAGCAGCAAUAAACACUUUUUCUGGAUGGAGUUCAGAAAAGGCAGAAAAAAGGCUGGUAGUUACAGCUGAUGAAAGAUGAACACUGUAAACCAGAACCAGGGUUAAUAAAGUGCCUUUUAGUGUUUCA